AUGGGCACGGCCAAAGACCCUGCACCGCCCACUGGUGCGCCCACUGCCCAGCAUCAGACGAUGACGCAGCCCAUGGUUGAUGAUUUCGGCCUGCCCAUAAAACCAUUUCCGAUCCCGACGCCAGAAGAUGUUAUUGCCAAUAAAGUUGAUGAGGAAACGCAACCGGCUCCGGAGACCGAGGAGUUGGAGUCGAAACUGAAACCCAACGAGCCGCCUGCCCCAGCAGAGGAAGCUCCCGCAACGGCGCAGCAAGAUGCCGCUACCAACGGUCACGCCAAACCAGCGGCCGCCCCAGUCAAAACGGCCGAAAUAGAUAGUGAGAGUGAUGAGAGCGAUUUCAAAGAUGCGCAGACCAUCAUCGAGCCCGAGGGGACCGCUGCUCCGCCCCAGAAACCAGAUGCAGUUAAGAAGCAAGAGGCAGUAGAAGAAACGGAAGAUGCUGCAAGACCCAAACCAACCACGGCGGAGUCCGAGGUAGAGCAAACAACGUCAGGAGCUACGACACCUAUUAUGCCUUCGCAAACGCCCAAGCAAGCCGAGCAAGAAGGGGCCGUGGUGCUAACUGAUGCUGCUGACAAACCACGACCCGACCAAUCCUCCGAAUCACAUACCAACGAAAAGAAACAUCGCCCGCGUGCAUCGACUGGCGGCGCAAGCCACGGCCGUGGGAGCCAGGACCUCGGCACCGCUGCGGCCAACUCCAAAUCGGGGCACCAUCGCGAUACAAGUCUCGCUAGCAACGGCAUGGGUAUCUCGGAGUUCUCGCACCAGCCGCUUGCCACCCAACCCGAGAAUGACAAGCAAGAGGAGGACGAAGGCUGGCAGGAAAUGCCAGCGUUUGCACCAUACGAUAUGUACAACGACGACGACAAGCUGAUAGCUCGGGAGAUGAAGGAGGACGACGUCGUCGAGGCAUACGGCUACGGAGGCUUAGGCGGCGCCGGCAAAGGCUACACUCGCGUCAUCAUGGAUGAGGAUGCUCAGUCUGCGACCAGCCUGGACGAGCACACGCAAUAUCUAUUCAAAGACGCCAAAGCCGGCGGCACCAGCAUGAACGACGAAGACGCCCGAGACGCGGUAUCGCAGAUGCAGGCCACCAAGGAUCUCUUGACCGAAGGCCAGCGCAUAGCCUACGUUGGCCUCGUCCGACUCGAGAUUGCCACUCUCGUCAGCGAAGCGGAAAAUCUGGAAGCGGUUAAGAAGCUCAAGAAGAUGGUCAACCUGUCGACCGAGGCGACCAAGAUGUGGGGGCAAAAGAUGAUGAUCCGUCUAUACGCCCACAUGGAUAUAAGCGAAGCCGAGCAGGUCAUGAUUGAGCAGCUCGCCGAGCACGGCGUCCAGCCUGGCGAUUUGACCCCCACUCUCCUCGCCAACGCCCGCGUCAAGAACCCCAUGGCCCACUCGAACCGAAGCUCCAUCAUGAGCUCGACACCGUCUGAGGAGCGGCCCGCAGAGGCGCCCCCGCCAUAUGAGGCGACCGAGUCGGAUCAAGUCCCCGACGUGCAGACACCCUCUCAGAUGCCCGACACUGAUAAGAUUGAUAUCGACCUCCGGUGGACAGUGCUCUGCGACGUUUUCCUCGUCCUGAUUGCAGACUCCAUCUACGACGCGCGCUCCAGAAUCCUGCUGGAGCGUGUGGCGCAAUCGCUUGACAUUAGCUGGAUCGAUAUUUGCCGCUUCGAGAAGCGAGUCACUGAUGCGCUGGAAAUGCAGCAGGCUGCGGAAAAGGAAAACUGGAACGAGGACGAGCACAUGGAGGAGCGCAGAAAAAAGGCUCUCAAGCGACGCUAUAUGAUGAUGGGUCUGGCCACGGUGGGUGGAGGCCUCGUCAUUGGCCUUUCGGCUGGUCUACUGGCGCCCGUGAUUGGUGCUGGUCUUGCGGCAGGCUUCACUACAAUCGGUGUCUCGGGUACCGGCAGCUUCCUCGCCGGAGCAGGAGGCGCAGCCAUUAUUACCUCGUCGGCCGCCGCAUCGGGCAGUUUUAUUGGAGUGCGCGCCGCUGGCCGACGAACAGGCGCCGUCAAGACGUUUGAAUACCGACCGCUACACAACAACAAGCGCGUCAAUCUUAUUGUGACUGUGUCUGGCUGGCUGACGGGUAAGAUGGAUGACGUUCGCCUGCCGUACAGCACGGUCGACCCCGUCAUGGGCGAUCUCUACUCGGUGCUGUGGGAGCCGGAGAUGCUCCGCAGCAUGGGUGACACUAUCAAUAUUUUGGCUACCGAGGCCCUAACGCAGGGUCUACAGCAGAUUCUUGGAAGUACGAUCCUCAUGAGCUUGAUGGCUGCGCUGCAGCUACCACUGGUGCUGACAAAGCUAUCGUACCUCAUCGAUAACCCGUGGGCGGUUUCGCUGGACAGAGCCACCGCCGCAGGCCUCAUUCUGGCCGACUCCAUCAUUGAGCGUGGCUUGGGCACCCGGCCGAUCACGCUGGUUGGAUACUCGCUUGGGUCUCGAGUCAUCUACUCGUGUCUGCAAGAGCUCGCUAAGAAGGGCGCAUAUGGCCUUGUGCAGAAUGUCUACGUCUUUGGCUCGCCGGUCGUGGUGAAGAGGGAAGAAUUCAUCAAGGCCCGUACGGUGGUGGCUGGUCGCUUCGUCAACGGAUUCAACCGAAACGACUGGAUUUUGGGGUACCUGUUCCGCCUCACGAAUGGUGGUAUCCGUAAAGUGGCGGGCUUGGGCCCGAUCGAGGACUGUCCGUGGAUCGAGAACAUGGACGUGACGGAAGUCGUGGCUGGCCAUAUGGAAUACCGCAGGGCGAUGCCGGUGCUGCUGAUGAAGUGUGGAUGGACGGUGACGAGCGAAGAAUUUAGCGAAAUCGAAGACCCGGAUCCGGAAAACCACGGUGAGCGGCAGCGCGAGCUCAUCAACGAGAUUGAAGAAGCGCGCAAGGAGCUCGAAAAGGAAGAAAAGACAAGCAACACGAGCACGAAGUCGCGCUUCAGCCUCUUUGGCCGUAAGAAGAAGACGGACAGGGAAGAAUGGGAAGUCUACGAGGAGAGCGCCGCGGCCGAGGCGGCCAAAAAUGGCAAGGAUGGCAAGGGCGGGAGCGCCACCAAGGCGUCGUCCAAUACAGGCGUGCUCUUUGACAUUGACGCGAUCCGGGCGGAGCUGGCCAAGGAGGAAAACUACCGCGAGCCGGACGCAGAGGUGCUGCAGAUCAAGGAGAUUGAGUCGACGCUUCCUCCGAUGAAGCUCGACAUUGCCGGGCCAACGACGACGGUGAGCCAGCUGCAAAAGGCGAAUCCGCUGCGUGAGACGCAGAGCGCCGAGGCACUUCCAAUACGGUCGGCGACGCUCGGGGUCGAGGGGUCACCGCAGCAGCACGCGGUGACGCGCAAGACGAGCUGGAACAAUGGCGUGAUUAAUACGACGGCCUACCACGCGGAGCCCGACUACGAGGAGGAGAUUUCCAUGACGUUUGACACGUCGUUUCACGACGACGGCGGGCUGUCGACAGCGGACGAGGCGCUGACGAGACGGGCGCUGACGACGGCGCGGACGCUGCCGGACCUGACCAUGGCGGACCCGUGGUCGGAGGAGCCAUGCCGACACGAUGACGAGGAUGAGGAAUUUGGACAGGAGAAGGAGAUUUCCAUGACGUUUGCAUAA